AUGGGUUACACACACUACUACGCCAUUAUUGGCUGGGAUACACCUGAAUGGCAAAAGGCCUGGGAUCAGCUCAUCCAAGACGUCCCCAAUAUCAUCAAAGAAGCCCGCGUUCCUCUCAGCGGCCCAACCGAUGAUGAAGACACAAUCACACCGGUGAUCAACGACCCCGAGGACGGCAUAUACUUGAAUGGGAUUAGAGGAAACGCCCACGAACCAUUCAUACUUCGCAAGCCGGGUACAUGGACUUUCUGCAAGACUGCUCGAAAGCCGUAUGAUGUGGUUGUUUCAUCCAUCCUUCUCAGGAUUUGGAUGCUGGCACCGAAGAACCUUGAUCUUGGCUCUGAUGGUGGUUAUGAGGACUGGGACGAAGCGCGUGACCUCUGCGCUACCUUAUGGCCCAAUGAGCCCACCGAUGGCCUAUGGGCGCAGCGUAAUGAAAAUACUGAUUAG